GGCCGCUGACCGAUGCUGUCCCUCUCUCUCUGAGACAUCAGCAUGGCCAAACUUCAGAUGCUUUCCUCCAGCACUGAGCCUGGUUACCACGGCCGAGACUCUUACUCCUCGUUUGCCCCCAGACCUUCGGAGGCUGGCUUCCCCCGGUGCACAAUGGGCAGUGUGGGCAGUGGAGUGGCCAACGAGCAGGAGUUCGCUAUGAAGAGCGUCAACGCCAACCACAGGGCAGUGCAUGCUCCCAUCGGUGGGCGGCAGCAAAGCAGCCUGGGGAAUGGGUACGCUUCCUGGGAGCUCAGCAACGAAAAGUGCUUCAAGCCCGGUAAGGUCUCCAACGCCCUGUACAUCAAUGGGGACCUCCGCAAGGGGGAGCGAAUGAAGACCGACGUGACCAACAACAACGAGAAGAACCUUCCUCCUCAGUACAAGGAGCCCAGCAACCCGCCCAAGAUCCUGCCUGUGUCCGGCAAACUGGAGCAGAACAGUGAGUCGCUGAUCAGGCCUUCGGCAUUCAAACCCGUCGUCCCCAAGAACUUCCACUCCAUGCAGAACCUCUGCCCCCCACAGAGCAAUGGGAUUACUGACAGUAGGAAAAGCCUGGGCCCCCAGCCCAGCACAAACAGCCCCUUGGCUGGGAGGGACAAAGUGGGACUGGGGCGGACUAUAAACCAUGGCGGAGGCUUGUCCGAUUCCGGACGUAACUCGCUGACCAGUCUCCCCACUUACGGGACAGGGUACAGCCAGCAUCUGGGUCCAAUGAGCGCGUCCACCAGCCACAUCAACCGCAUCGGGAACUCCUAUGUGGACAGGGGGACGUUGGGCUACAACGGCCUGUCCACCUCGGACAGCGGACGUUCCUCCAGCAAGAGUGUGGCCUCCUUCAACAAACUCAAUCACAUGAGCGAGGUUCCGCCAUUUCACUCGCCGUCCAACGACGACAUCAUUCAGGACCUGGAGGACCGCCUGUGGGAGAAGGAGCAGGAGGUGACUCAGAUGCGGAGGAGCCUGGACAAGAGCGAGGCGGCCAUUGUACAGGUCUUCGAGGAGAAGCAGAAGAUCUGGGAGAGGGAGAUGGAGGACCUGAGGCAGAAUUAUGCCAACAAGCUUCAGCAGGUCUCCAAGAAGGCCCAGCGUGCCCAGCAGGCCCUCCAGCUCCAGAUCUUCAAGCUCCAGCAGGAGAAGAAGAAGUUGCAGGAGGAUAUGGGGCAGCUGUUGCAGCAAAGAGAGGAGCUGGAGAAGAAGUGCAUGGCUUUCAAAAAGGAGCAGGCUGACCUGCUGCCUAGGCUGGAAGAAACCAAGUGGGAGGUGUGUCAGAAGGCCGGCGAGAUCUCCUUAAUGAAACAGCAGCUGAAGGACUCCCAGAAUGACGUGGCUCAGAAGCUGAAUGAGAUGGUGGGGUUGAAGACUCAGCUGAAGGAGGCCACAGCUGCCCUGAGGGACAAGGAGGAGCAGAUAGCAGCGCUGAAGGGCUCCUUCAGCAGCAAGGGCGUGGAACUGGAGGUUUGCGAGAACGAACUGCAGAGGAAAGCCAACGAAGCCCAGCUCCUGAGGGAGAAACUGGGCCACAACGAGGUAGAAAUCUCGGCGCUCAAGCAGGCUUUGGCCAGCGGUGGUGGUGAAGGGGAUGGAGGAGGGGGUGGCGGAGGGGGGGAGCCUGACACGUUUGGGGACGAACCCCCGGAGAAAGCCAGCGAGGCCCCACCGAUGUGCGAGAGCGACGAGGCCAAGAUGCGGCGUCAGAACGAGGAUGCUGUGAAGGUGUUGAAGAGGCAGAUCGAGCGGCUGCAGGGAGAGCUGAGGCUGGAGAGGCAGCAGCGGGAACAGCAGAUCAGUGGCUUUGAGGAGGAGAGGCAGACAUGGCAGGAGGAGAAGGAGCAGGUCAUCAAAUACCAGAAGCAGCUGCAGUUGAACUAUGUAGAGAUGUACCAGAAGAACCAAGCGCUGGAGGGCAGGCUGAGCGAGGUGAGCGACCAGGACACCUCCCCCGGCCCCGACGACAUCAAACAAUGGACACCCUCCCGGCUGGAGCGCAUAGAAUCCACGGAAAUAUGAAAUAUGCUCUCAAAACGACCGUAACACUUUGCACUUAACGUACGGUAUAUUCACAAAGUCCUGUUACCCCCAUGUUUUUUUUUCUCUCUCUCACUCUACAUUGCACUGACCCACAUCUAAAACAUGUGGAAGAAUGAUGAUAAUUGUAUUUAGAAGCACUU